GCGGCCGGACGGGGCGGACGGCGGGGCGGCGACUCCCGGAGCGGCGGGGGGUGGGGAGGAGGCGCUAUGGCCGACGUGUUCCCGGGCUCCGAGCCCGGCGCCGACCCGGAGGCGGCGCGGCGCUUCGCUCGCAAGGGCGCCCUGAGGCAGAAGAACGUGCACGAGGUGAAGGAGCACAAAUUCAUCGCGCGCUUCUUCAAGCAGCCCACCUUCUGCAGCCACUGCACCGACUUCAUCUGGGGAUUUGGGAAGCAGGGAUUCCAGUGCCAAGUUUGCUGUUUUGUGGUUCAUAAGAGGUGCCAUGAGUUCGUCACCUUCUCCUGUCCUGGGGCUGACAAGGGGCCCGACACUGAUGACCCCAGGAGCAAGCACAAGUUCAAGAUCCACACCUACGGCAGCCCCACAUUCUGUGACCAUUGCGGCUCGCUGCUCUACGGGCUGCUGCACCAGGGGAUGAAAUGUGACACCUGUGACAUGAACGUUCACAAGCAGUGUGUGAUCAACGUCCCKAGCCUCUGUGGCAUGGACCACACGGAGAAAAGGGGGAGGAUUUAUCUGAAAGCUGAAGUCACYGGUGACAAACUGGAAGUGACAGUGAGAGAAGCAAAAAACCUCAUUCCCAUGGAUCCAAAUGGACUCUCAGAUCCUUAUGUCAAGCUGAAGCUCAUCCCAGACCCCAAGAACGAGAGCAAACAAAAAACAAAAACCAUCCGUUCCACCCUGAACCCGGACUGGAACGAGUCCUUCACCUUUAAAUUAAAACCCACRGACAAAGACCGCCGGUUAUCCGUAGAGGUCUGGGACUGGGAUCGAACAACCAGGAAUGAUUUCAUGGGAUCUCUGUCUUUUGGGGUGUCAGAGCUUAUGAAAAUGCCAGCCAGUGGAUGGUACAAGCUGCUGAAUCAAGAAGAGGGUGAAUAUUACAACGUUCCAAUUCCAGAUGCCGAUGAAGAUGGAAACGCAGAGCUCCGGCAGAAGUUUGAGAAAGCCAAACUUGGGCCAGCUGGUAACAAAGUCAUUACUUCAACAGAAGACAAGAACUCAAGUGUGCCGUCCAACAAUCUGGACAGGGUGAAGCUGACAGAUUUCAACUUUCUCAUGGUUCUUGGAAAGGGGAGCUUUGGGAAGGUGAUGCUGGCAGACAGGAAGGGCACAGAGGAGCUCUACGCCAUCAAAAUCCUGAAAAAGGAYGUGGUGAUCCAGGACGACGACGUGGAGUGCACCAUGGUGGAGAAGCGAGUGCUGGCCCUGCAGGACAAGCCCCCGUUCCUGACCCAGCUCCACUCCUGUUUCCAGACAGUCGACCGGCUGUAUUUUGUGAUGGAGUACGUGAAUGGUGGGGAUCUCAUGUAUCACAUUCAGCAAGUGGGAAAAUUCAAGGAGCCACAAGCAGUGUUCUAUGCAGCUGAGAUCUCAAUUGGCUUGUUCUUUCUCCAUAACAGAGGGAUUAUUUAUAGAGAUCUGAAAUUAGACAAUGUGAUGUUGGAUUCAGAAGGACACAUUAAAAUUGCUGAUUUUGGAAUGUGCAAAGAGCACAUGUUGGAUGGAGUAACAACCAGGACCUUCUGUGGCACUCCAGACUACAUUGCACCAGAGAUUAUUGCUUACCAGCCCUAUGGGAAGUCGGUGGAUUGGUGGGCGUACGGCGUGCUGCUCUAUGAGAUGUUGGCCGGCCAGCCUCCWUUUGAUGGGGAAGACGAAGACGAGCUUUUCCAGUCCAUAAUGGAGCACAAYGUUUCCUACCCCAAAUCCCUGUCCAAAGAAGCUGUCUCCAUCUGCAAGGGGCUGAUGACUAAACAUCCUGCAAAACGCCUUGGCUGUGGCCAGGAGGGUGAAAGAGACAUCAGGGAACACGCUUUCUUCAGGAGRAUCGACUGGGAAAAGUUGGAGAACAGGGAGAUCCAGCCACCCUUCAAACCCAAAGUGUGCGGCAAAGGGGCUGAAAACUUCGACAAGUUCUUCACGCGAGGACAGCCGGUGCUGACRCCUCCUGAUCAGCUGGUCAUUGCUAACAUAGACCAAACAGAUUUUGAAGGGUUCUCCUACGUCAACCCCCAGUUCAUGCACCCCCUGGUAGAAAAUGUAGCGUGAAACAGCAGAACAAACCCCGCCGCGGGGAACGGCCGUAACCCUACAAUUUUUAGGCUUCUGCCUCGUUGAUUCCAUUUGGGCCUGGAAAUUGUAGGGUUAGAGAGGGUGUGAGGUGAGGGAAGGGCCACUUAGUCAGGAUUUGGGUUUUGCAACAGUGAUGUUGUCUUAACAGGAGAUAAAUCAGUGUACGGUGCCCACUUUUUCUCCUAGAAGUCGCCAUCGACUCUUCUAAACUCACCCACGUUUUGGUACGUUAUAGAUUUUGUAACUCCCCACUGUCCUUUUGCUCCCUUUUCCUCUCUGUUGUGUUGGGAAAAAGAAAAAAGCAAUCUAACAGGUGGUCAGAAUGAGAAGCCACCUKGAGUAUUCCUUCCUUGGGGUGGGAGCAUCCUCCUGGUGCUUCCCAGAGACUUUUGGGGCAUCAGAAGCACAGAGACUGAGUGGGGUCAGCUCCAGAGGGGAGAGGCACUGCAAAAACAUUGCUGGAAGUGUUGGGAAAUAUGGCAGGAAAAAAAAUAAAGUUGGGAAUGGGUGGGAGAGGGGGUGAAAUCAAAUUAGACCCUGAGGCUUCACAAACAGAUCCUGUACAAUCCCAAAUAAAUGCACUCGGGUGGUGGCCAGAUCUCUGGGGUUUUUGCUAAGAGUAGCAUGUGAUAAACUCAAGGGUGAAAUUUUGUCUUUAAUAAUAAUAAUAAUAAUAAUAAUAAUAAUAAUAAUAAUAAUAAUAAUGAUAAUAGUAAUAAUUUUAAUAAUACUUUUGUGAAUUUUAAUCUCCAUGAGAUUAUUCUGUGAUCCAGGGUGCCAUUGUCUGUUCAGCUGGUUUCAUUUACGCCACUCCUCAAGUUUACCGUUAACUGGUUCUAAUACCAACGUUUUACUAUGAAAUUUAUUAACCUGGAAUGUAAAGCAAAACUKUAAUUCCUUAAAUCUUAUUUACACGUGUUUAUUUAUAGUCURCAGUGUAGGGCAGUAAAUUGAAGAAAGCAUUAUGUAUACUAAAUUAACAAAAAAAAUGCAGCCCCAAGUGACUUCCUGAUUUCUCCAGAAUAACUCAUGAAAAUUGAGGGAGACUUAGUCUUAAAAUAAUCAGGUUUAAUUCAGAAAACUUUGGGCUGUAGAAUAAUCAAGCCUGAAAGAAGCAGCACCUAAAACUCGUUUUAUUGAUAGAAUGGAAUUUACUACGUUUUACAUAUGCUUCAUGCAAUGAAUUUUGCAUGUUUAGUAAUAACUCUUAAUAAUAAGGGUUAAUAAUAAGCAGAUCUAUAUUAUUGACAUAAUCGUAUCRAGCAUAAAGAGUAUUAUAAAAAAUUUUAUAAAACAACUUGUGCUUUAUUUGUGGAAGUUCUUGUUCUGAAUGACACCAUUUAGAUUUAGCUAAAUGUUUUCUUGCUAUUGUUUUGAUUUUUACUUUAGGUUUUGAAUAUUGUUACUGGYUUAGGGUAUAAUCUCUUUUUUUUUUUAAAGUAGAUAUACUUUUAAAUAAUAAUUGCUACCUGCAGGUUUUAUACGAGGUUCAAUUAGGCUUUCAUUUCACAUCUGCUUAUUACUUGCAGAGAAGGAAAUAGACUUUAUUUGCAAUGAUGAACACUGUAAUUAAUGCAAUCUUCUCCUCUCCUAUCACUUAGAUUAAAAAAAAAUUUGAUAUUUCCUCUUACAACUUACCAGAAGAUAUUAAUUCAAAUAUCAGUAAAUAAUGUUUUGUGCAUAUUUUGGUUUUGUUACAGCAUGUAAAAUAGUAGUUGGUGCAUUUCCCCUUUUUUUUCUCCCUCCUGCCUUGAUCCCGUUAGCAGCCACAGGCAGUUUUUGUCUGUCAGAUGUGCAUGAUGAUGCCAGAAGCAUGAUGUCUCUGUUGCUGCAUGCAGACUUGAUUACGAUUUUUCCAGCAUGUAAACAUAUUCAAAAAGUAAGAUAUUUGCCAUAAAAAGAUUUCAAUUUAUACUAGAAUAUGUAAUGGGGUGGGGUGGGAGGGGAACCGACUUUCUAAUUAUCUUUUAUGACAAUAAAACAUGGAACCUGUGCCAAAGAUUCUGUCAGAAAGAUCCAACCCUGCCAGGUGGUGGCCAGAGGGACGGGCUGGACCUCGGGGGUGCCCUGGGUCAGUUGGGCAGAGAUUGAGGGAAACGUGGUUGGGAUGUGAAGGGUGUCAGUUCCUGCACCCAUGGGACCCUCAGAAAAUGUGGGUUUGGGGUCAGGAUGUGCAAUUCCCACACUCCAGGAGUCCAAUUGUUGCCUGUUUUAGUCUUUUUGUACCCCCAGUUCCAGCAAGGAGCAUCUUGGAGUGAUCAGCCCCCAGCUGAUUCCAAGGUGUGACCAAGUGACAGGAACUCAGGAACUCGGGUCAUUGCCCAAAUAAACAGAACUCCAAACUUUUCAAACACUUUAGGAGUGAAAAUUUUCAACUGUCCUGUGUCAAAUAUGUUGUCAGCCAAGACUGGGAGUUCAUUUUCUCCUUUGUGUUUUAUACACUUCCAAAAUGAUGGUGUUCACCAUAAAGCCUGUGGCCUAGUGCAGCAGUCAUGGUUUUUUAUUUAUUCAUUUUUCCUGAACAUUAUUAGCCUGCUAAUGUUUAGUAAAAUCUGGGUGUCAUGCUGUAGGAGAUCAUUGGCUGAAUUAAGAGAUUACUGAGGCUCAGAUUUUAAUCAAGAAGGGGCUCUCAGCUAUGCCAGUCUGCCAAGAGAUGGCUUUAAGGACAUGAAGAGCAAAAGGCACUUUUAAAAAAGGGAAAAUACUGGGAGAAAUAGCAGCACACGGGUUUGGGGAGUGAGCAAAACAGAACAGGGCAGAACUGAACCAGGCAGGAGAUCCCAUGGGUGGAUAUUCCCACAGCUGGGAUGAAAUUGGAUUGUCCAGGGAAGUCCCACAUUGGGUGGGUGUUGGUGGCACAGCAGGGACAGUGGGUGCUGCUCACACCAGGACAGGGUGUCACAGGGCUGCUCUGGUGCUGGGACAGGGCUGCUCAUUCUCUGGCUACUCCUCAUGCCCACUUUCUUCAUCACUCAUGUUUUUUCUCCCAUUUUUUCUGCUGUAGAAGCAGAAAUUCCUCUUCAGCGUUAUUAACUCAGGUCCCUGGGCUCGUGAUGUCCGUGUUGUCCUCUGGAGUUUCUGUAACCCUUAGGAGAAGGUGCUGGGAGCUCCUGGAUCCUGCAGGGUUGGAUAAAGCAGGGAUCAGCUGUGUCACCCUCCCUGCCCUUCCUGAUGCCCUCACAAGUGAAGGGUCACGCUCAGACCUUUCCCGAGAAAUCCCUCUGGCUGCUCAGAACCCAGAAAUUUAGAAAGGCAAGGAAAACCUGAAGUAUCCAGCCAGAAUUUUCAUCUCUUUUCAGACACAGAUGUUAUUUAUGUAAUAUUUUUCACAGGAUUUGGAUUUCUAGAGAGCGUGUAUCAGCAGAAGGAGAGGCAUUAGAGCUGCUUCUCCUUCACUUGUGUUCGAUAGCAACUGCAAUCCCAACACCCACGUUGCCACCAAGAUUCCCAAAAGACAAAUUGAGAUUUGUGCUGCACUGAGGCUGAGAGGGGGAAAUUUUGGGAGCUGUAAUUGAGAAUUGUGCUGCACUGAGGCUGAGAGGGGAAAUUUUGGGAGCUGUGUUCCCAUCCCUGUGCCCAAAUCCCAGAUGGUUCCAAGGCAGCCCCAUUCCUGCCAGGGGAGGUGCAGGUCUGCCAUAUAAAACUUCCAAGGGGUUUUUAGGGAUCAGAUGGGACUUCACUGRCUCCUGGGCAAACUUCUGCAUUAUUGGGGCAUCUGGGUGUUUUUGAGCACCUCUGAGUCACCAGAAUCACCUCAUCUGGCCAGGCUGGGUGCUCUUAGCGAGGCUGGCACAUCCGUGAGAAGGAGAGAGCACAUUCCCAUAUAAAACACUCCUUCUUAAUCCAGUUCAGAUGAGAAAUGCAAUUCAACUUUCUGACCCUUCAUUCUUUCCAGAAAUACAAUUGAAUUUCCUUUUACAAACUGAAGGAAGUUCUUCUGGAAAUCAGCUGUUGGUUUAAAAAAACCUCAUCAUGUCUGAGCGCUGUUGGCCUCUGAAACCCGUCCUGUCUUUUGGGGUGAAUCCAAUUCAAUAAKUCUGGGCUUCUAUAAAAUUAAUAAGGUUGAGCAAGAGAGGAACUUGUCUUCUAGCUGGAGGGAUCACAUGUCCAAGGAUUGAGUGGCAUCACUUGAAAAGUGUUUUCUGAGCUGGUGAAUCCAGUUCACUGCCAUAGGAGAGCAGGGAGCAGGGCGGGGAGGAUCCUCUUUAUUGUGCAAAGCAUAGCAUUGGAAAUAAUAAUAAUAAU